CCUUCGGUCGUGGUAGGUCACUCAUCAGGAGAAAUAGCGGCCGCAUAUUGUGCUGGACAUCUAGACCACGCUUCAGCCAUGAAGGCCUCCUACUACAGAGGUCUCUUAAGCUCGUCACUCGAGGAUGAUGCGAGCGACAGCCACUCUAUGGCUGCUGUUGGCUUAUUGGUCGAUGAUACUCGCGCCGAGAUUGCCGAGUUUGAAGAGGCACAGAAAGAUGGGUCGUUAGGAAGCUUCACCGUCAGCUGCAUCAAUAGCCCACGAAGCGUUACCAUCUCUGGGCCCGUAGACGCACUCAGGGAAUUCACCAAAUACCUUGCGGCGAAAAGCAUAUUUUCUCGCCUGCUCAAGGUCAAAGUGGGCUACCACUCGUCACAAAUGUCCCGCAUCGCUUCGCAAUAUGCAGAUUUGAUGGGUGUUCUACGUCCGGAUUCAUCGUUGCGCAAUAUUACUAUGGUCUCCUCCGUCACAGGCGCGGUUAUUCGUCAGCAUCACGUCUGCCAUCCCGACUACUGGGUGCGCAACAUGAUCUCAACUGUUAAUUUCCUUGCCGCAAUACAGUGGAGACGUGAAGAACCUGGACGGCAGUCAUGUAGGACAAAUUCUUUUGUGGAUGCCUGGCUUGAGAUUGGGCCUCAUUCCACCUUACAAGUCCCUUUAAAGCAGAUCGUGCAUAGUAAAGAACCCCAAGCCCCUAUUGUAUAUACUUCAGCCCUGGUCCAAAAAUUAUCUGCUAUUAGCAGCCUUCUCAACGCUAUUGGAUGGUUGUAG